AUAAGAAAGUGUACACUGCAGCUUACUAAACUUGCAUGCAAUUGCUCUCCUUCUCUGUGUUUCCAUACUUACAGGUUUCAAGGAUUUGCAAGCAUCUCUCAUGGCUUCCCACAACUUGUUUGAGAGAGACAUUAAUCCGGUGCUGUUUGCGGAGAACUCAUAUACGAGGAAGGUUACACUAAAUAGACCACAAAAACUGAACAGCCUCACCUAUGAAAUGAUUUCUCAAAUUGGAGCGGCCUUGAGAGUGUAUGAGGAUGAUUCUAAAAUCAAAUUUGUAAUUUUUAAGGGGAAGGGAAAAGCAUUUUGUGCCGGUGGAGAUGUUGUCAGAGUGGUUCAAUAUAGUAUAGCAGGACAUUGGAGCUUCGCUGCAAAGUUUUACCAAAAACAACUCUGUUUAGAUUAUCUACUGGCUACUUAUAAAAAACCUUUGGUUUACCUUAUUAAUGGAAUUAUAAUGGGAGGAGGUGCUGGACUAUCCAUGUUCGGAACGUUUCGCAUUGUCACUGAGCAUACUGUGUUUGCCAUGCCGGAAGCAUCAAUAGGACUUUUUCCUGACGUUGGUGCCACAUGUUUUCUUUCUAGGUUGCCAGGCUAUUUUGGAGAAUAUUUAGGGCUUACUGGAGCAAGAAUUAAUGGAAUUGAAAUGCUUGCAUGUGGCCUUGCAACUCACUUUGUCCUUUCAAAGGAUCUUCAACCGUUAGAAGAUGCGCUAUGUGAGCUGGUUGCUGCAGAUACAUUGACCAUUUCUAAGCUCGUCAGCAAGUUCAUAUACAAAGGACAUGCAAAGCAAGAUAGCUUUCAUAAAAGAGUAGAGAUCAUCAACAAGUGUUUUUCUAGAAAAACAGUUGAAGAAAUCUUAUCAUCACUAGAAGAAGAAAUGGAAACUGGAACAGAUAAGUGGAUUGUUGAGGCAAUAAGUUCUUUGAAGUCAGCUUCACCAACGAGUCUUAAAAUUACUUUACGAUCUAUUAGAGAAGGAAGGGUGCUAAAACUUGAACAUUGUCUCAGUCGUGAAUUUACUCUCUGUCGUCAUUUCAUGCGAAGAACGGUCAACAAUGAUUUCUAUGAGGGUGCCAGAGCUAUGCUAAUUGACAAAGAUAAAAAGCCCAAGUGGGAGCCUCCACAACUAUGGCAAGUCAGUGAAGAAAUGGUAGAUCGGUUUUUUGCCGAAGCUGAGGAUGAUGAUGAAUGGGAAAAUUUACAUCUUCCUAAUAGAUCAGGCCUAAGUAAUCCAAUGAAACCAAAGCUCUAAGUUUUAAGGCAGCAAAAAGUGAAACAAUCUAUGAAGAACACUAGAGGGCAAACGAAAUUCUAAUUGGAAUGCAUGUGUACUCUUAUUUUAAUUAUGCCUUUUGAUAUUUGUUGGGAUUAUGCCGAAACAUUAAUGUUUUCAGUUUAAAAAAUGGGUAAGAUAUUUACCCUUUCUAAA